ACGACGCCGAAAGGAAACCAGCUACUCGCUGCUCCACCUGUGCCUUUUUUCCCAUUUUUACUGCGUAGUGUCCAAGUGGGCUGCUGUCAUCACUAGUUCUGACAGGAGUGCUCUCGUCUUGGCUCAUCCCCCCACUCCCCAACCCCCCCCAUUAAUCAUGGGCUCCACCAACAAGAUGUUUUACCUCGGCGAAGGACCCGAGAACGGCUCAGCAUCACCGGAACAAGCAGGCCCAAGCACCCCGUCAUACGAAGAACCCCCGCCGAGCUAUGCGCAGUCACAAGCCGGCUCUUCAUUACCACACGCAGCCCCGAAAUAUCCACAGGCACUCCCCGGUCACGUACAGCCACUCACGCCACCGCAAGCACCUCUUCAGACGGUAUCGGGACAAGUACCAGUGCCAAGGGGUCACAGCAUCUACAGAGCGAUGGGACCCACGCCCUCUGUCUCGGGAUUGGCAGGUGCGGAUUACCCCCGACAGCCUCCUGUCCCAUCAUUGGUUGGCAGUGCAAGCUAUCCUGGUCAGUUUACUAGCCUACAGAACGGCGCCCCUGGUUCCUCUGGGCCUCCUCCCCCUCCUCCCGGAUUACCUGCAGAAACCAACACGAAGAAGAGAUCGACUUGUAUUAAGGUGUCUGGAGGCUUAGGUUUUGCCAUCUUGGUAAUCUGGAUGAUAUUCCGAGUUUUCCUUCGCGUUUCAAUCGUGGAUACGUAAGUGGGUGGUUAGUGUUGCUGUUACGUAAAUGGGUGGUUAGCGUUGCUGAUACGGUUAGUGUUGGGUCAAAGAAAAGGAAUGUUGGAACGCCAAGAUGGUGCAUUUGGUAACAGUUCUUGUGACUUACUGUUAUGCUAUAGGCCUUUGUGUGUGUGCAAGUUGUACUAGGGGAAUGCAAGCAUCUGGAAAGUGGUAGUGUAUGGAGUGUACUUAGAAGUUAGCAACUGUGAUUUGCCAGUACUUCAACAACUUCAACAACCAGUAAUAAAAAAUGGUUAUAACACACUAUCGAGAAAGCCAGUAAUUGGAAAAAAUGGUAAUUAGAUGUUGUUGAAGAAGCCAGUAUUUGAAUUUAAAAAUGUUAUACUAAUACCUUUAUAUAUAUAUAUAUAUCAACUGACAUUACUGUUGAAAUGUGUGUGCGUUUCUGCGUGCGUAUGUUUGCAAUUAAAGUUCUGAUUGUUGUAAUAAUGAAACGAUAAGGUUCCUAAUGUUAUGUAGGUGUUAAUGCUAUGCUAAAACUGCAUGUGACUCAACCUGAAAAGUUAUCUCUUGAUUUUAUUUAUUGUAAAUAGUUAUAAGAUUCUAUUUUUAAAUCAAUGUAUUUUUUUGUAUAAAUGAUGGUUCUUUAAUAA